AUGAGACUUGCCGAUGCUACUAUUGCCUCCCAGGCUACUGGCGCCAUGUCUUGGGCCUUUGUCACUGCGCUCAAGAAGAGCCCCCAGCAAAGCUACGUCCAGCUGUUGAACAGCAUUCGCGACGAGCUCGCAACGCGUUACAGCCAGAAGCCCCAGCUGUCAUGUAGUCAUCCUCUUGACACAAACCUUUUGUUCGUCAUGUAA